CCUGCAAUUCGUCGUCAACUCAACGACCGUUCGACGGGCUUACCAGCGUCAUCCUCAUCCACUACUCCACAUUAUGUUCACGCGCUGUCAAUGUCUGAUCCUCCCUUGGCCGCUGUUCAUUCUGGUGUUCAAGUUGCACCUACUUUACUUCCUCAUGGACACCUGCAUUAUCCAUUCUCUCCCCAGCAUAAUUUACAUCAUGCACCUAGCAACACACACUAUCAUACCGUUCCUCAUCAUUCUCUUCACAAUUAUCAUAUACCUGCACAAGCUACACAAUCACAUAACUAUUGCAAUAGAAUUGAUUGCACACUUCUACCGCGUCGUACAGAUUGUUUCGUGUACCAUUGCCUCUGACAGCGCGACGAACGGUGCGGACACUGAUACGGAGUGCGAAAAGGCAUGGCGGCAGACGUGUGACAUGGUGUGACAAAGUGCGCGAACUCUAGGGAAAAUGCACUUUUCUGCGCGGUAACCUUCCGCUGGACUCAACACGUCGAGAUUCAAAAAAAAAACUAGCAGGUGCUGUACUUUCGAUGUCACGCUAUCGAGCUGUCAACUAAUUAAAUUUUUAUGUUGAUGCGUUGUGGAGUAAUAGACGUUACGCCAAAAUUGCGCGAACUCUAGUGGACAUCUAGUAACUCAAGGCACGCCGCAUUUUGUGGUUGCUCUCUAUCUCCACAGGAUGUCCUCGUCUUCGGUUAAAGAUACCCAGACCCUGGAUAAGAACG